AUGGCUAUCAUUGUCGAACAAACCAUUCCCUUCCCUUCCUCAUCCUUGGACCUGCACAAUGAGCGUCGAUGGACAGACCUUCUACCACUGGUCAGACCCACGAUCAAGGCUGUAAGAACGCCCAAGGGUCAGGCAAUUCUUGUCGACAAAGCGUUAGUGAAAAGUAAAUUCGUGCACAUCGCAGCUGUAGGAAGUCUGGGCAGCUUCUCGAGCAAAGUAUUAGACGAUCGCAAUGUCACUGCAAUCGCAAUCGAGCAUUCUGGUGCAGGACUCGUGACGCCUGAGGACAUACAGCAGGCGUUGCAAAGUGCAGGCGUGGCGUACGAGAGAGGCUUGGUCAUAGCAAGGGUUGGGAAGAAGAGCAGGGUCGAGCAACGUGGACCAAAUGUUCUCGAGGUCGAAACGGAGCAUGAGCUUGCGCUGGAUCAUAUACUGCACCUGCUGGGCAAUGCCACGGAGUCUUGUCGAGAAUCGAUAGACGACGUCAGCGAGCUCUUGAAGCUAUUUGGGAAGAACGCCAGCACAGCACACUCGACCUUCCAUGUGGAGAAAGCUGAAGGCAAUCCUGCUGUGCUACAUGCGGAAGGUGCGGCAGGCUUCGAGAAAGCGAAGCAUGCCGUCGAAAGGGAUCUAAAGCACGUCAUGAAGGCACAUACCACACAGGACGGCGAUGUGACAUACAGUGUACACUUUUCAGACGUCAACGGUUUGAGCAGGCUGGAGAACUACAUCAUUGCUGGGGAAGUUGCUCAGUAUCUUGAGGCCCAGAAGAUAUCUUACCAACUCUCGCAUUCUACCAUUCUCAAUCACAAGGAUGCUGCACGAGGCUUCAGCAUCUCGAUCUGCCCCCUUCCGUCAAGUUACCUCACGCCGCAGCCCAAGCCGCAGGCACAUCGGUCAACACCCGCGCAAGAUGACACAAUUCUACAAAAGACACUCUCACCAUCCAAAGCUCAGAUCACAUUCGACGAUGCCGAAGUACGCAGACGGAUACAGUCUGGCUGCAACGCCGUCAUCAAGGCAGAGCCUACGAUCACAGAGUACGACACAAUCGUCGGCGAUGGCGACUGCGGCUAUACACUUCGAGACGGCGCCAAACAGGUUCUAUCUUUCAUCGAAGGCAAAGACCUGACACGAUUACCCGAGACAGUAGCACAACUUGUCAGCGAGCUCGAAGUCAACAUGGGCGGCACAUCGGGAGCACUGUACUGCAUCUACCUGACCGCACUAGCUGGCGCGCUGGCUAGCGAGUCGAGUAUCGCGAAGGCGUUGAAGUCGGCAUUGGAGCAAUUGAUGAAGUAUACGAGAGCGAGACUUGGCGAUAGGACCAUGAUGGAUGCCCUGAUCCCGUUCAUUGAUACUUUGGAGAAGAGUGGAGAUGUCAAGCAGGCUAUCGAGAAGGCUAGGCAGGGUGUAGAUGGCACGAAGAAGAUGGAGGCACAGCUUGGCAGAAGCGCGUAUUUGGACGAGAGUGCAACGAGGGGUGUACCUGAUCCUGGCGCGUACGGACUACUGAUAUUGCUGGAAGGUAUGUCUAGUGUAUGA